AUGGCUGCUGUGACUCGAAUUCUCUCCUAUGCGGGAAACAAGCCUUACCGAUCGCAUCAUAUCCACUAUGAGCCCGAGAUCCACUUGAACGAAGAUGGGUUCGUCGAUUUCACGCCUGACGAUAUCGAAAAUCCUCGAAACUGGUCUUUGACUCGUCGCGUUUCUAUCACCGUUACCGCCGUGCUUCUUGUCGUCAAUGCGACAUUCGCCUCAAGCUCCCCCAGUGGUUGCUUUGGCUCCAUAUCUGAAGAGUUCGGGGUAUCCACCGAGGUAGCAGGCCUCACAAUCACCCUAUUUUUGCUGGGCUACUGUGCCGGGCCCCUUAUUUUCGCACCACUCAGUGAAUUCUACGGCCGUCGAUGGAUUUUUUACAUCAGUUUCGCCUUAUACCUCAUCUUUAAUUUCCUAUGCGCCUUCGCACCAAACCUCGCGGCUCUGCUUGUGGGCAGAUUUCUGACGGGGACCUUCGUUUCUGCUCCUCUGAGCAAUUCGCCUGGGGUGCUCGCUGAUCUAUGGGAUCCGUUGCAGCGAUCUAACGCCAUGGCUGGCUUUUCGGCAAUGGUCUAUGUCGGACCAGCGCUGGGGCCAGUCAUUGCGGGUUUCCUCGAAUUGAAAGAAGACUGGAGAUGGAGUUUUUAUGUUCUGCUCUGGCUUGGUGGAGUGACAGCUGUCUUGAUGCUGACUAUCCCGGAGACAUAUGCCCCGAUUGUCCUUUACAACAAGGCUAAGCGAAUUCGCGCGGCUAAGAUUCCUGGUUACGAAAAUGUGAAAGCCAAAGUGGAGGACAGCGACCGGACGCUCGUCGACAUUUACAAGGUGGCAAUUACACGACCCUGGAUCAUUCUCUUUGAUCCGAUUUCUCUGCUCUGUGCGAUCUACAUGGCCGUUGUGUAUACUCUGCUUUACAUGCUCUUCACUAUCUAUCCCAUCGUGUUUCAAGAGAAGCGAGGAUGGAACUCAGGCGUGGGAGAGUUGCCUUUGAUUGGUACUGUUGUCGGAGCGCUGAUUGGAGGUGCCAUCGUGUUGGUCGAUACUCGGAUUCGUCAAAGGAAGAUCGAGAGGGGUGAAAAGACAAUGGCAGACACAGUCCCUGAAGAUCGACUGACCCUCGCGAUGAUCGGGGGUGUUGGAUUCCCUAUCACGAUGUUCUGGUUUGGAUGGUCGGCGCAAUACAAUGAGGUCCAUUGGAUCGUCCCAACUCUCGCUGGAUGCUUCCUUUCCAGCUGCCUGCUAUUAAUCUUUGUCGCAUAUUUGAAUUAUCUCGUGGACUGCUACCUGAUGUACGCCGCCUCUGCCAUCGCCGCCAACACCAUCGCCCGAUCGGCCUGCGGUGCUGCAGCACCUCUUUUCACGAACCAAAUGUUCACGGCACUAGGAAUUGGAGGUGGAGGAAGUCUGAUAGGUGGGGUUGCUGCUGUUCUGGCGGUGAUUCCUUUCCUAUUCUACAAAUAUGGAGCACAAAUCCGAGUUAAAAGCCGAUUUGCCCCUGCGUUGGAUGUUCGCAGGGAGAAGACGGAUGAGGAAUCUGCUCCUCAACAAGAUAUCGCAACAACCCCGGAAUCACAACAAACUCAGAGUGAAACCUCUCUUUCAACAUCAGUUGACAGUGCCGAUGUGCACAGGGAGGAGACAACCGAAAAGUGA